CGAGGACGAGGAAAACGUGUUUCGUGUCGCUGGAAUUUCUUUCGCAGAAAAGGAAUAAACAACGCAACCAAAUGGCUCUGAAGGCAUUAAAAUGUCGUAGUUCGAAGCGCCAAAAGGCAUCGCUCCGCUACAAGGUAAUCAAGAAGAUUGCCGACAGUAAGCGGAAGAGGGCCAAGGAGGCGAAAAAGCUGCCGAAACUGAAGAGCAAAAAACAGAAACUGAUUCAGGUGCCGAACAUAUGCCCAUUCAAGAAGGAAAUCCUGGAAGAUGUGGAGCAAUACAAGCAGAAGCAGGAGGAGCUACGGUUGCAACAAAAGGAACUUCAAAAACAACAGCGUAAUGAGGCGCUACGUUCACAAACGCUGCAAUCGAUGGUGGCCGAGGCCGAAAAGCGCACGGAUCAAUUCGGUGAGGACAACAGCCAGCAGCCGCAGGAGGAAGAGCAGUACGCAAAUGUAAACACCCAGGGCAAAGAACAGUCUCUGAAAGCAUACUUCAAGGAGUUCAAGAAAGUUAUCGAUGCCGCUGACGUUAUCCUAGAAGUGGUGGAUGCUCGCGAUCCUCUCGGAACGCGCUGCUUGGAGGUGGCCAAAAUUGUGCGCGAAGCACCGGGUCAAAAGCGCUUGGUGCUGAUACUCAACAAAGCCGACCUGGUGCCACGUGACAAUCUCGAACGUUGGAUGAAGUAUCUGCGCCGUUCUGGGCCAGUCAUUCCGUUCAAGGCCACGACUCAAGCGCAAAAAGCUAACAUUGGCCAGAAAAAAUUCAAAUCGGUGAAAAACCUGGACUCUUCACCUUGCAUCGGCGCCGAUCUGCUGAAAGAGCUGCUCGCCAACUACUGUCGCAGCGACAAUAUUCGCACUUCGAUCCGUGUCGGCGUGGUCGGACUCCCGAAUGUUGGCAAAAGUUCACUCGUGAAUUCAUUGAAACGUAAGCGUGCCUGCAUGGUAGGCGCCAAGCCAGGUGUUACAAAGCAAAUGCAGGAGGUACAGAUCGAUUCGCACGUCAAACUGCUGGACAGCCCGGGCAUUGUGUUUCAACGACCGAAAGAACAGGACCAAAACCGCUUCUUUGCCCUUCGUAACGCACAAAAAGUAACGGAAAUCGGCGAUCCGUUUCCCCUGGCCGACGAUAUACUGAAGCGAGGCACGAUGAUGUACUUCUGCAAGCUGUACGAUGUGAGCGAAUUCCAUUCGACCGAUGAGUUUCUCGCCAAGAAAGCCAUCCGCAUGGGGGCUCUAGCCAAGAAGGGUGUGCCGGACGUACGAAAGGCUGCCCGCACGCUGAUUGAAGACUGGAACAGUGGUAAGAUCAAAUACUGUACCCAUCCGCCCGAGGACAGUACCGCCGAGGUGCACCUGGAUGCUCAGCUUGUGAAUCCUGCCGACGCAAGCAGUGUCCCAGAGUUCAAUCUCGAUCAGCUGGAUGCCGUUGUCGCAGAGCUUAGCGAUCAAUACGAAGCUAGCUUCAAAUUGAAGGGUAGCGAUGAUAUGGAUGCGCAGCUUAUAAAAAAGGAGGACAUACUAACGAUGGAGAUCGAUACCGGUGGAUCGGUGAACAUGCACCUGUCGAAGGAAGACUAUCGAAACGGGGCGCUGGAACAGAUGCUCUCAAAUGAAGGCACCAUCAUUGAGCGUGCCGAUGGAACGGCUGGAGCUAGUGGCGAUGGUCGAAGCCGCAAGCGCAAGGUGAACGAUUACGCCGAAGAAGAGAAACGCUUCCGGAAGGAUCCGAUGUUCAAGCUUGACGGAAAUCAAACAACGAACCGGAACUUGAAGCAACAGUUGAAGAAGCGCAAGAAGCAACAAAACAAACAAGAGCAACCGGCUACCGGGACGAAGGAAGCGAAGGAGGAUUACGAUUUUGAUAAUGAUUACGAUAUGAAUGAUGAGAUAGUGGAAGGUGCGUCGUAAACUCAUAUGUUUGUUGUGCGCAUUAUGGAUGGGCAAAGGAAAAGUGUUAACUCUAUUUGAAUUAUCCAAAUAAAAUAGCAUAUUUUU